AUGUCUACUGUGCAACCAAUUGAAUGCAAGUCAACAACGAUCGAGCGGGUCACCGUUUUCUCGGAUCGAGCCGAGAUUAGGAGGAAUGUGGCGUUGAAAUUGGAGACCGGCAUCAAUGAGAUCAAUAUCAUUAAUCUCCCUGGAGACAUUUUGGAUGAUUCGGUGAGGAUUUCGGGAACGGGAAAUGCAUCGAUUCAUGAGGUGCAAGUUGCAUGGAAAGAGGCAACGAAGAAAGAGAAAGAUUGUCCACAGGCUGUUGAACUCCGUCAAAAACUUGAAGUCGCCGCAAGGGAAAACACUUUGAUCAAGAAUCGCAGAAAGAUUUUGCAGAAGAAAAUAAAAGUGCUUGAUGCACUCAUUGGGAAGCUUGAAAACACUCAAGGCGCCCAAUUAGUUCAAUUCAACGCGGACACUUUUGAGGGAAUUGGAAGUCUCUUUGAAUAUUACGAGAAUCAAGUUCUUCAGUUCAAUGAUUCGGAAUGGUCUUUGGAAAAGGAAGAGAACGGGUCAAACGAGAAAGUUCAAGUGAUCAGAAAUGAGCUCAAUCGAUAUGAAUACCCGGGAUCGGUUAGAGCUGUGACCGUGAUUUUGGAGUCACCAGAAGCCGGAGAGGCGUCACUGACAAUGAACUAUCAAGUGUACAAUGCUUCCUGGAGGCCAUCUUAUGAUAUUCGAGUCGAUAGCAAAGAGGAGGAGAAACAUAUGAAUAUCACCUACUCUGGACGAGUCUCUCAAAACUCUGGAGAAGAAUGGUCCGGUUGUCAACUUGUCCUCUCAACAGCCAGUCCAUCUGUCGGUGGAAGUAUCCCCGAAUUAGGAACUCUUGAUGUCUCACUCUAUUUCCAGCCUCAUCCUCAACAGAAUUACGGUGGAUAUGGAGUACAUCAAGCAUUUCAACUACAGCAACCACAACAAAUGGUACUCACGCCACACGGGUUCGACGAAAGAGAACGUUCUGCAAAUAGUCACGACGAUGCUCCGCCAAUGAAAAAGAUUACAGCCACUGUUCAAGAGCAAGCUCUCUCAUCGGAAUUCGUGAUCGCUCGUCCGGCUGCAAUUCCACCCGAUGGAGCUGAGCAUAAGGUGACAAUCGGUGCCGCCUCAUUCCAACCGAAUCUUCAACAUGAAUGUGUUCCAUCUAAAAAUAACAAUGUUUACUUGAUUGGAUCCACUCGAAAUUCUUCUUCUUUACCAUUUCUUCCCGGUGAAGCGGCGAUCUUUUUGGAUGGAAAUUUCAUCACAAAGUCUCAAUUGAAAGCCGUCUCUCCGGGUGAAUAUUUUUCAGUAUCUCUUGGACAAGAUGCUUCAAUUAAAGUCGAUUAUAAGCCGGCACAUAACAAACAAGGAGAAGCUGGAUUGAUCAACAAGAAUAACACACAAGUGAAAGAACAAAAAGUGAUUGUGAAAAAUACGAGAAAGGAAAAAGUGAAAGUGACAAUAAAAGAACACGUGCCGAGGAGUACCGAUGAGAAGAUCAAGGUGCGUCUCCUCUCACCGACUCAUGCCCCUCUUCAACACAUUCCGGAGGUG